UGAUUUAUUUUUUAAAAUAAUAUAGGGAGAUAGUGUUAGUGCGAUAGAUGUGUGUCAAUGGUUCUAUUGAUACUAUUCAAAUCAAACCCAGCUAUAAAAUAAAGAAAUUGUGGUACGGAUUACAAUUUUUAACACUCUUAUUCCAUUAUGAUACAAGUGUUUUUUUUUUAAAUAUCUUGAACUGUAUUGUUUACUUGGCUCAUAGUGUUUCGCAGAGUAAUUAAUUAACAAGUGCUCGAACAUGAGUGUAGUACUGUUGCCCUUCGUUCGACUAUGAUUCAUUUGUGUCUUUAAAUUAUGUUAAAUACAUUCAAUUUGAUUAAUUUUUCCAAAUAAUAUAGGGAGAGAGCUGUUGAAUGUUUUUGUUGCACUUUAUUCUUUGGAAUGGAAUAGAAUUCAACGUGUUAUUGGUGCUAAUGAUAAUAUUCAAAUCAAACCCAGCUAUAAAAUAAAGAAAACUUGAUUACCUACCUGUUGUGCCCUAAUUGUUUCCUACGAAACAUACAUUUAUGUUGGCCACACUACAAAAGAAAUAGAACUUUCACUAUUUCAACGGAAUCCAGUAUAAUUGACCAUGUCCAGUGCCCAUCAUCUUCUUUCGUCAGUAAAUAAUCAUUGCAUUCUGGACGGCGUGGACUUCAAUACAACUGUUCUAAAACAGAAAUUUACUAUGAAAAAUAUUCGUCAAUUUCAAAUCUGUUCAACGAGGUGGCGAUCAACUGCACAUUCGUCUGUCAUCAAGGAAUCACCUGUAAAUGUAAAUGUAAAUGUAACUAAUGAGAUUAUCGCAGCCAAAUCUUAUGAUGAGGUGCCAGGACCCACGCCAUGGCCAAUCAUAGGAAAUACAUGGAGAAUGUUACCAGUCAUAGGCCCCUAUCAGAUAUCGGAUUUGGCAAACGUUUCAUAUAUUUUAUACAAAAAGUACGGGAAAAUAGCCAAGAUGGGCAAUCUUGUUGGUCGACCAGAUUUAUUAUUUGUUUACGAUGCUGACGAAAUAGAAAAAGUAUACCGACAAGAAGGCGACACGCCGUUCAGACCUUCCAUGCCGUGUUUGGUAAAAUAUAAAAGUCAGGUUCGAGGACAAUUUUUCGGAAGAUUAUCAGGUGUAGUUGGAGUACACGGUGAACCGUGGAGAGAAUUCAGAACUAAAGUUCAAAAGCCGGUUCUACAACCGCAAACUGUUAAAAAAUACAUUCAACCAAUCGAAGAGGUUUCCGAUUACUUUAUAAAACGAAUGCAGGAAAUGAAAAACGAAAAUUCUGAAAUGCCAGCCGACUUUGAUAACGAAAUCCAUAAAUGGGCUUUGGAAUGUAUCGGUCGUGUAGCAUUAGAUGCAAGAUUAGGUUGUCUGAGACCAGAUUUACCUCAUGAUUCGGAGCCGCAGAAAAUAAUUGAUGCUGCAAAAUAUGCCCUCCGCAACGUUGCUUUAUUGGAACUGAAGUAUCCAUUUUGGCGAUAUUUACCAUCUACACUAUGGACAAAAUACGUUUCUAAUAUGGAUUAUUUUAUCGAAAUUUGUAUGAAGUACAUCAAUGACGCAAUGAUGAGAUUGAAAAAUAAAUCGCAAUUGGUAAAUGAAAAUGAAUUAUCAUUAGUAGAGAGGAUUUUGGCAAAUGAAUCCGAUCCUAAAACUGCCUACGUAUUGGCUCUGGAUCUUAUUUUAGUUGGAAUAGAUACGAUUUCAAUGGCCGUAUGCUCAAUGCUUUAUCAAAUAGCUACAAGACCAGAAGAACAAGAAAAAAUUCAUCAAGAAAUGUUAAACAUUUUACCUAAUAAAGAUGAUAAACUUGACGCAAGUAAACUGGAAAAAAUGGUUUAUUUAAAAGCAUUUAUCAAAGAAGUACUGAGAAUGUAUUCAACUGUGAUUGGUAAUGGAAGAACACUACAAAAAGAUAUGGUGAUUUGUGGAUAUAGAAUACCAAAAGGAAUUCAAUUAGUAUUUCCAACAAUUGUAACGGGCAAUAUGAAAGAAUACGUAACAGAUCAUAAGCAUUUCAAACCAGAGAGGUGGAUGAAACAAUCAUCAGAUUACAUGCAUCCAUUUGCUUCAUUGCCUUACGGACAUGGGCCAAGGAUGUGUUUAGGAAGAAGAUUUGCUGACUUAGAGAUGCAAGUGUUCUUAGCUAAGUUAAUACGAUCGUACAAAUUGGAAUUUUUACACAAACCGUUGGAGUACAAAGUAACAUUCAUGUAUGCGCCAGAUGGAGAAUUAAAGUUCAAAAUGACUGAAAGACCAACGUGAUAGUAGAAUAAAAAAAAGGGGAAAAAAUAUUAUAUGCAUUUAAAGAUAAAUCUUAU